ACAAAGGGGGUAUUAGUGUAUUACCAUAUCAAACUUGAAGAGUACUCCAAACUUGAAUUAUGUAGGUUUUUUUUUUCCCCUUUUUAUAUAGUGUUACAAGGAUACGGUGAGAAUCAAAUUCAUGAUCUCAUAAGAUCAGAAAAGAAGUUCUAAUGACUUGAUGAUAUCCUUCGAUUUUCACUUUUUAGCUCAUAGUUUUCUUUUGGUCCAAUUAACCCUUUCCUAAUUAGAAAUAACACACCCCAUCCAUCCAAAGUCGGUUCGCAGUUGGCAGACUUGGCACCCUUUAAAAACCCAGAAAAGACCAUCUCUUUCUCGAUAACAAUGGCGUCUUCAGAAUCAAUGGAAGACAAAGCAUUUUCAGAGAGAGUGAAGAAAACAUUUGGUUCCCUUUUCGCAACUCUAGAACCUUCUCCUAAAUCUCUUUCAAACCCACUUUGGUCUCUCACUGAUUCCCAGGUUGAGAAGAAAGAAUGGCGUCGUGAAAUCGACACUUCUAGAGAUUCCAACCCUUGUUCUUCUUCCUUCGAUGAUUUUCUCUCUCAUGCCCGUAAAAAUUCCCGCAAAAAUCUCCAGAAUUAUCGCAAGGAGCUUCAGGAUGGUGAUCUUCGAGAUCUUGAUGGUGAUGGUGAUGAUGAAGAAGAUGGUGGUGAGAAGGUUGAUUUGAAUGAUUUGGAUGUUAAAGCUUCUAUUGGCAUGGAUUCUACUCUUGAUAAUGAGGAUGAAGAAGAUACUUUUGACAAAGUUGCCUUAGGAAGGGAGAAUGCUGGUGAUCGGUUGUAUAUGAGGGAUGUUACUGGUGGUCAUGAUUCCCAUUUCAGCGCUUUGGAUGACCUCCCUGGUGCAGUUGGGAUUCUUGGGACCAAGGGGAAGGAUCCUCGUGCUAAUCGCCAGGCUGCAAGGAUUAGACUGAAAGAAGAUGAUGCAGAAGCUGCUGCACAGGGAGAACAUAAACCGGAGCAGUCUCCUUCAACUGCUGAAAGAGAUUCUUCUGUCUCAACUGCAGGUCUUGACAAACUGAAGCCUAUAUUAAAAAGGAAGGAGCGUGAAUCAACUUCAAAGCCGUCGAAACGUGUCAGGUUUGACCCUCUUUGUAUAAGCAAUGAUGAGAGAGCUAGUGAAAUUCCAAGUAAUAAGACUGAAACUAUGGUCCAAGUUAAUGGGGCAGAGUUGAAUCAGAAUGUUUCUCGAGUUCCAGAUCAUGUUCAAAAUCCUUCCAAAUACACAUGCUAUACUCUUGAUUCCACUGAGGAAAUGGGCAAUAAGUCAAAUACGGGUGCAUACUUGGAGUUUGUUGAGAUGAUGAAGGCAAAGAAUUCUGUGUCAGGAUCUGACUCGGAUGUUCCUACUGAUCUCCCCAAAUCAGUGACCUUUGUUCCUAAGAAAAAGUCUGAUACUUCGAAAGGUGUUCAUAAUGAUGCGAGUCAAGUGAAAGGAAGUGAUGCAAAGUGCACCCCAUUGCAAUCAACCUUUCUUGAUAUGGCAGCUGAGGACCAGGAGACUGAAGCUGGUGACAUGGACAUUGAUGAACCUGAAACAAGUGCAGAGUCCGACAAAGGCAUCGUGUUUAGGAAGCAGGGUCGUCAGUAUCGAAAGCCCCAGGCAGAUGAGCCUGCGUAGAUGGGGUGUGGCUUGUAGUUGCCAGUUGAACUAUUAUUUUGCACGACUGCUCCUUUUGGCGAAGAUUGGCUCAUGUGUGAAAAGUUAUGUUUAAAAAAUAUGAAAAGCCGCGCUGUGGAUGGAUUUUGUUACUUGCAUAGUCUCAAUAUAUUAACUUGUACUUAUAAGUUCAGUUUCCCUUUGGUGAAAUGUUGGAUUGAGGCUUAUGCUUGCUAGUAUUUGUGUUGCUUUCAUGAGGACAGGGAGCAGUGUCCUGUUUUAUGCUGUAAUUGUUAUUUGCAAUGCUCAAAGCGUGUUUAGUUGCUUUGACGGGGCAAUGUUAUGCCUUACUUUCCCACCCUAACUGGUGCCACUGCCGCCUCCCCUGCAGUAGAAGGCUAAUCUAUGUGGAUGCUGUAUUCUGAAAGUUUGUUUUAUUAAUAUUGAUACAAUGACAGUAUAGUCGUAAUGUGGUUUAUCGUUAACUUUUUACAAUAUUCUUUAUGGAUCCUUAUUUUUUUUCCCAACA